AGACUCAAUUGGCCAGACAUGUGAUUUUACCGUCAAUUUAGACGGUCAACGGUCCAGCUCACCACCAUGUUAGCAGCAAAAUUAAAAAGUAUUAAAUUAUAAAUUAUUUUCAUAUUGAAAGAGAGACGAGAAUCAUAACCAAUUACGAUAAACAAUUUUGUUGUAUCUUUCUAUAUAAAAAAAACAUAUAGGAAACAAAAUUUUGAAAAUUAGAGGACCUUUGCACCAUGGUUAGCAACUGUGACGGCUCCUUUGUUUGGGAGUCUCAGUUGGCGGCUUGUGGGAUUACCAUUGCUGAUGCUCAUGGCCAGGUGAUUGACGACAAGGCUGAGAGAUUCUAUUGUUCCUACCCGAUUCAGGCAGAAGCAUUUGCUAUUCUGGGUGCUGUGGUGUUUUUCUCACUUGAAACAAACAUAACCCUACCUCACCAUUUUCCUCCCACAACAACACACCACCACCACCGCCUCCUCCUCCUCCAUUCUUAUGGAAAAACUCGUUUGGAGAACAUGAUUUAGAUCGUAAAUUCAUUGAAUCCGUAGAUUUUGUAGAAUUUUUUUUUGUUACUUCUUGUAUUGUGUAUUUUAGCUUUAGAGAUUUCAAAUCUCUAAAAUCUAUGGAUAUAAAAUCUCUCAUAAUCAAAAAAAUUCUAUAUCUUGAUUCGUAGGAUUUUAUUUCUCCUAAUUUUUUUCUUUCUUUUAUUUAUUUAUCGUAUUAAAUAUAUUCAUCAACAAAGUUUAUAAUUAUUUUCGAACCACCCUAAUUUUUUUAUUAAGAAUAAACAUGUUAUUUAAUA